AAGUUGCACUCAGGCGCAGGCAGACGCGGAUACGCGUGUGACGAUCCGGUGGUCUGCGUCUGCUGGGGAUCAGGGGAUCGUGCGUGAACUCGUCACGAGUGCGGACCGACUCUUUUAGCCCCUGGAGCUCGACCUGUGUGGACGUGUGCUACGACUAGUUGCUUGUGAAUUCGAACUCGAUCGGCAACCGUGCUAAGACACCGCAACCAUGGAUCCGGAAGCAUUCCUCGAUAUCGCCAACCAGGUGAUAAAGCUCAAGAUGUUCCCGUACUUUGACAUCGCCCACAGCCUGCUGUGUGCCCUGUCGGUCAAGGAAGAUCUUGGGGCCGGAGCGCAAGCCUUCUCCCGGAAGCACCCUCUGGCGUGCUGGCUGUCGACCAUGUUGGUCGUUUUCGCCGGUGGAAUGGUCGCCAACGGAUUGCUGGGCGAACCCAUCCUGGCCCCGUUGAAGAACACCCCGCAGUUGCUCGUGGCCACUGCUUGCUGGUACAUUGUUUUCUACACUCCGUUCGACAUCGGUUACAAGGUUGCCAAGUUCCUGCCCGUGAAGUUGGUCGCCAGCGCAAUGAAGGAAAUCUACCGAGCAAAGAAGAUUCACGAUGGUGUGACCCAUGCUGCCAAGCUGUACCCUAACGCCUUUAUCAUCAUGAUCAUCAUCGGUACCCUGAAGGGUAACGGAGCUGGUUUCACCAAGCUGCUGGAACGAUUGAUCCGUGGUGUCUGGACCCCGACUGCCAUGGAAUUCUUGCAGCCAAGCUUCUACACCAAGGCCUCGCUGAUUGCCUCCAUCAUCUUUGUGUUGGACAAGAAGACUGACCUGAUCUCGGCCCCGCACGCCCUCGUCUACUUCGGUAUUGUCAUCUUCUUGGUUUACUUCAAGCUGUCGUCCAUUCUGUUGGGCAUUCACGACCCAUUCGUGCCAUUUGAAAACCUGAGCUGCGCGCUGUUCUUCGGCGGCAUCUGGGACAGUUUGGCCAAGAUCCUCGGCCGCGGACAGGCCAAGGAGGAGUCCAAGGACGCCAAAAAGUCCAACUAGGGUGGACCGCGCGUGCGGAUCUACCCUGGCGGUGGAUCAUCAGCACCAGCUCAAGACGAUUAUUUUACAUAUUUUUUAGAUUUAUGUUAUUUCUGCGAUUUUUGCUUUUAAGUUUUGUACACAGAUCGGUGCAAGAUCGUCGACACAUGCAAUAAGAACGUUUAGGUGUAAGGACGCGAAACAUCAUUAAUAGCUAGAUUGAGGCAUUCUAGUCAAUAAAACCAAAUUGUACCCCCUUAACAAAUUAGUUCGAUGAGAAAAACGACUUGCGGAAGCGACAGGACUUUAGGCAACUUUUAACUACUGUUCUCAUAUUUUACAGCGAACCCAACUAUCAAUGCAGUUUGUGAACAAUCUAUUGAAACGACACAAUUAAAAGCACGACUCGAUAGCAGUGGGUGAGAUCGGGUUGUCCUUUUGUUCUUCGGUGAAAUGAUUCUAAUGAUAUCAAUAGCCAGCCAUACAUACGUACAGAAAAAAGAAAACCAAGCCAUUCAUCAGACUUUCGAAGGAGAGUAUGCUUCUAGUAUUAAGUACGACGACGAUAAUGUUAUGCUCAGACUAUAGAAAUUAUUGUACCAGUGAUUUAUUAUUAGGAAAAAGCAUGAUCCUAAUUCAUGAAAUUUGACAAGAAACUGAAGUUUGAGCGUAGCAUAAGACGAAAAAAAAACAUUCAUUUUACAAACAUUGCAAAUUGAAGUUGGGAAAAUAUAUACAGAUGAUUCGAUCAAA